GGCUGUCUGCUCAUAGAGAUCCCAGCAGCUAAGACCACAGGUCUUUCCUUGAAGGCUUCGGUAAAAUAUUGUUGAGCGGCAGAGGGAUGGAGGGUAAGAAUGAACGGAGGAGUAACGAGCGCUCAAAAAUGGAAGGCACGCCCCCGCGGCGGCCCCUGCAGACCGCACCCUCCUUGCGCGCCAGGAACCCGCCGCGGAACCCGAGAGCGGCGGCAGCGGUUUCCCGUCAACGGACCCGGGACUCUUAAGAGAGCACACAGGAAAGGCCGGGCUGCGAGCGGGACCUGCCGUGCCUAGCAAAUCCCUAAGAGAAGAUGACUGUGUUCUUUAAAACACUUCGAAAUCACUGGAAGAAAACUACAGCUGGGCUCUGCCUGCUGACCUGGGGAGGCCACUGGCUCUAUGGAAAACACUGUGAUAACCUCCUAAGGAGAGCAGCCUGUCAAGAAGCUCAGGUGUUUGGAAAUCAACUUAUUCCGCCCAAUGCACAAGUGAAGAAAGCAACCGUCUUUCUCAAUCCUGCGGCUUGCAAAGGCAAAGCCAGGACUCUAUUUGAAAAAAAUGCUGCCCCGAUUUUACACUUAUCUGGCAUGGAUGUGACUGUCGUUAAGACAGAUUAUGAGGGCCAAGCCAAGAAACUCCUGGAGCUGAUGGAGAACACAGAUGUGAUCAUUGUUGCUGGAGGAGAUGGGACAUUGCAAGAGGUUAUUACUGGAGUUCUUCGAAGAGCAGAUGAGGCUACCUUCAGUAAGAUUCCCAUUGGAUUUAUCCCACUGGGCCAGACCAGUAGUUUGAGUCAUACACUCUUUGCCGAAAGUGGAAACAAAGUCCAGCGUAUUACAGACGCUACACUUGCCGUUGUGAAAGGAGAGACCAUUCCACUCGAUGUCUUGCAGAUCAAGGGUGAAAAGGAACAGCCUGUGUUUGCCCUGACUGGCCUUCGAUGGGGAUCCUUCCGAGAUGCCGGCGACACAGUUAGCAAGUACUGGUAUCUGGGGCCUCUAAAAACCAAAGCAGCCCACUUUUUCAGCACUCUUAAGGAGUGGCCUCAGACGCAUCAAGCCUCGAUCUCAUACACGGGACCUACAGAGAGACCCCCCAGUGGAGCAGAAGAGACCCCUCCACGGCCCUCCCUGUACCGGAGAAUAUUACGAAGGCUCGUGUCAUACUGGGCACAACCGCAGGACGCCGUUUCCCGAGAGGGGAGCCCAGAGGUCUGGAAGGAAGUGCAGCUGUCCACCCUUGAACUGUCCAUCACGACCCGGAACAGUCAGCUUGACCUGACAAGCAAAGAAGACUUCAUGAACAUCUGCAUGGAGCCCAACACCGUCAGCAAAGGAGACUUCAUCACUAUAGGAAGUAAGAAGGUGAGAGACCCCAGGCUGCGUGCUGACGGCACCGAGUGUCUCCGGGCCAGCCGCUGCACGCUGCUGCUUCCAGAGGGAACGGGGGGCUCCUUUAGCAUCGACAGCGAGGAGUACGAGGCGAUGCCGGUGGACGUGAAGCUGCUCCCCAGGAAACUGCAGUUCUUCUGUGACCCGCGCAAGAGAGAAGAGAUGUUCCAGGGCGCAGCCCAGUGAGCGGGCGGGAGAUGGGCGCCCGGACACCUCACUCCAGGCCCCCCGGGACCAAAAGGGACCAGAGAGCCCCGUCCCCGCCGAGUGGUCAGGGGCCCUGCGGGCGUUUUCAUGGCAAGUACCCCUCUGCCCUUCUCACCGAGCUUCCCAGCAGCGCAUGCUUUGACUCUGGUGCGACGUCGGGCCCUCCUAGAUGUGCUGGCUCCAGCGAGUUCCCCCACGCACCGGACAGAAAAGGGCUAGACCUCGUGGUCUCCCCCGGAGGCAGGCGCGCCCCCGCG